GCAAUUUCAACAAAAGAAAUAAAAGAUUACGGCCAAAAAUGAUUAUUACCAACAGUUACCAAACCAAGGUGUAAUAUUAGAAAGAAAAAGGAAAUAAUUAAAAGUGUCGAAAAAUAAUUUGUCCACAGUAAAUCAAAAAGCAAAAUGGAUGAUGAGGAGGAUGGAAGAAGAAGAGAAGAGGGAGGAGGAUGAGGGUGAGGGUGGUGAUGAUGGUUCGAACCAAUCCAAACCAUCAUUGCGAAUCUUGUGACGGCCUAGCCACCAUCAUUUUUGAAGCCCCCCCUAGCCGGAAAGUCCCAUAAUUGUCCCUUCCACCCUUUGCAGAAACAAGGAAGUUCCGACUUCCCUUCCCUUCCCUUCCCUUCCCUUCCCUUCUUUCUCACUUCCAUCAUCAUUCACAUGAUGUCCCCCUUCAUCAACCAUCAUCAUACAUAAACCAAAACAUUAAAUCCUCGCCCCUAACCAGCUGCCUUCUAUGCUUACACAAUGCAUGAUUGUUGUGUCAGACCAGAGAGUCAUGUCCCCUUCCCACACCAUAACCUUCUCUCUCUCUCUCCCCCCCUUUUUGCUCUAUAUAUAUGACACCUCCUUCCUUCCACUUUGUCCCUCACUUCACUUCUUUUCCUCUUAUUUUUCAACUACUGCUACUAGCUGUUACGAACCAGAUUUCAGCUUCCUCGGCCAAAGCUCCCUAACCAACCUCCUUGAAAAGGGGCAUUACGGGCAGAUUAUUAAGGGUAUUUGUUUCAUGGUCAUGGAAAGGCUGAACUCAAAUCUGUACCUUCAGAACUGUUACAUAAUGAAAGAGAAUGAGAGGCUGAGGAAGAAAGCACAGGUUCUCAACCAGGAGAAUCAAGCCCUUUUAUCUGAGCUGAAACAGAAACUCUCAAAGGCCAACAACAACUCAAAGGGAAAAAAUUCAGCAAACACUAUUCCUGACCUCAAUCUCAGCUCCACUUCUAACCCAAACCCUUCUAAUUCUAGCAAACCCUGAUCCAGCAGGAUACUCAUCAUGACCCCACC